AGAAUGGACAAGCAGCACAAGGAGAUUCUGCGAACAAGUCGAGUGGACCUCGUCGAUAACAUAAAUAUUGAUGAUGGACUUAUCACACAGCUCUUGUCACGUAAAAUAAUUUCUAAACGUGUCGGCAACACAAUACAGGCGUGUUCAACUCCUGAAGCAAGAACUGAAAAACUGUUGGAUGUCUUGAAUGGACCUAAUGCAUUUCAAGGCUUUUGUGAUGCUCUCAUUGCUACUGAACAAGAAUAUAUUGUUGACUUGUACUUGAAAUCAGACGGAAAGAAAGAAGAAAAAGAUCAAAGUUCUGAGAAGACAAAAUGUGUCAAAGAAACAGAAACAUCAACACAGAAAACAGAAAAAAUCCCAGAAAAUACCCAGAUUACCAAAAUUUCAGAAAAUAACUCGGGGUCUGUUGAAUUUGCUGGUCCGUCAGGGGUCUCUGUUCUUGCUCCAAGCAGAUCACAGUUUCAGUAUGCGGCCAUCAUGCAGGAGCAGGGACCUGAUCGUUACAGCAAUUUACCAAAACCUUACUUGGAAAAACAAAAUCCAUAUAGUUAUGGUGCCGGGUCAGAAAAUCAACAUCUGAAGGACCCAGAGUGGUCAGAGUACAGUUCCCAUGGAAACACAUGGAACACAAUACCAGACAAAGCUAGAUUUCAAAAGAUGCCAUAUAUGAUGCAUACUCAAAAGGGCUUGACUGAAAAUCAAGAUUAUAUAGAGAGAGAACAUGAGGAAUAUUUAAACAACAGAAUCAGGUCCAAACAUUAUGUGACAAAGGACUCCAUGUAUACCCUUCCCAAUAUGACUCCCAGGGAGGUAUUUGUUGCCCAUCAGGGACAAGAGUAUGUGGGACAGAGAUCAUCUUUACAAGAGGAAUAUUUCCGAAUACGACAAAGUGACAGAGAAAUGUUGUCACGCACUGAUAGUCUAGAUGGUAUAAUCAAACGACCUUUCAAUCCCAGUCAGGACUCUCAUGACCAUCCUGGUAUCAAACGACUUCGGACAGAAGAAACUGUGAUUUUACCUGUAAGAGAUGGAUCUGGGGGUCCAAUAUGUGUCAGAGACACAUCAUAUGAAUCACAGGGAAUGUACAAUCCAGAAAUCUUUAUGGUGGACCCAGGCAGCCAGAGGAACACCCAUGUCCCUCCUUUCCAAUCCAUCGGAGAGUUUGAUGAUCCAGAUAUUGACCUUACUGAUGGACCAGUCUCCGUACAUGUUGCACUUUGUCAGCGGCAGUUUUAUCUGAGUCACUUCAAGAAAUCUUACGCGAUGCGAAGGAUUCCACGGGGCCAAGCUCUGAUCAUCAAUGUUAAUGAAGUGGAGGGGAAGUUACCAAGACGAGGAACUAAUAUAGACAGAGAUAACCUUCACAAUCUGCUUACUCAGCUUCACUUCUGUGUCACAGUCUACAACGAUUCCGACAAACUUACAGCAGACGAUAUUGGGAAAAAACUGCAGCAAUUUGCUUCUCUGGAGGAUCAUGUCCAUGCAGACUGCUGUGUGGUGUGUCUUCUCAGUCACGGAGAGGAAGGAUACCUGUUUGGCACAGAUGGAAACAAACUUAAAUUGGAUGACAUCUUCUCUCUGUUUGACAACAAUAGUUGUAAAAGUCUCAUUGGCAAACCAAAGAUUUUCUUCAUUCAGGCUUGUAGAGGUGGAGCUCUAGAUGAAGGUGUAGCAUGGAAACAAGCAGAUGAGAUUGAUGGGUCCCAUCCGAGCAUGAGACAACUUCCAACCAUGUCAGACAUGCUGAUCUGUUAUCCAACACAGUCAGGAUAUUAUGCAUGGAGAAAUCGUGAACGUGGGAGCUGGUAUAUUGAAGCCCUCGUCCAAGUUUUGAUGAAGUAUGCCAAAAAUGAAGACAUGUGUACCAUGCUAAACAGGGUGAACCAGCUGGUUUCUAGAAAGAUAUCUCGGUGUCCUCAGAUUGAAAUGGAUCAAAUGUCACAGAUGUCUGAAUAUAAAAGUACACUGCGGAAACCUCACCUCUUCUUCUUUCCUGGGAUUGGAUCUGUUUGACCUUUAACCCAUAUCAAAAAGUCACCAAGUCAAGUUCUUCCAAUUGUUUUUAUGUUUAUAUCUGGGUAUAAUAGCAUAGAGAAUAUUUGAAGUUUUUAAUAAUCUUAUAGUCCCAUUUGUCAAAAUUAUCAAGUAACAUAACCUUCACAACAACUCUUCGUUUGUUUGUACAGAUUAGCUCAAAGUGAUAGUACACUGAAGUAUGUGGUACGUUACUGAGACAGAGACAUGUUCACAGAGACAAUUGUUUGUACAGAUUAACUCAAAGUGAUAGUACACUGAAGUAUGUGGUACGUUACGGAGACAGAGACAUGUUCACAGAAACAAUUGUUUGUACAGAUUAACUCAAAGUGAUAGUACACUGAAGUAUGUGGUACGUUACGGAGACAGUGACAUGUUCACAGAGACAAUUGUUUGUACAGAUUAAAGAUUAACUCAAAGUGAUAGUACACUGAAGUAUGUGGUACGUUACUGAGACAGAGACAUGUUCACAGAGACAAUUGUUUGUACAGAUUAAAGAUUAAC